UUUCGCGGAUCGGACCAGAUACACAUCGUUGGAGGCGGGCUAGGUGGGCUUCACAUCGCCCAUCACUUGGCCGGCUGCCACACAUUGCCCCCGGCUCACUAUUUGUUUCAUUCGCUCUCCCUAAUGAAAAAGUUCAUCAAAGCCGGCCGCCAGCUGACCCUACAUACAAGCGGCGGGACUGCCGUCCAUGACCGCAUUAUCCCAGAGGCCCAGAGUAGAGAUAAGCCGAAUAACGAGAUCAUCGCGAAUCUCAUUGUCGCUUGUCUAGCACACAACGUCAACUACGCAGUGGGCACUAUCAAGCAUAGGCUGAAUUCCUCGUCAACUAUCUGUCUCAUCCAAGAUGGUCUGGGGGUUGCUGAGAGUCUCAUCGAAACGCACUUUCCCGACGAAGCAUCUCGGCCGGCCAUCCUGCUUGGCCACUGGACCACGCAGAUUGAAACCGCCGAUGAGCCAUUCGCCGCCGUUGAGAAAAAGCCAGGGAGGCUCUAUUUGACGAUUUAUACAUGUCACAAUCAGAACCGGGCCGUGUCGCUCAUCAAGCGGCACCCCCCAGUCGAGCGGGUUGUCAAGUCGACGCAUCUUCUCCGUCUUCUUGCGCAAAUUCCGGGACUCAAUGCUACCGGGCACCCGCCAGCCCAGUUUCUAAGGGCAAAACUACCGGCCGUGACCUUCCGAGCCAUAGUAGAACCCCUUAGCGCCCUUUUCGACUGUCACUACGACAAGCUCCUCACCCAAGACGCGAAGCAUCUCGUGGAUCAGCUUCUGUCGGAGGUCUUCCUCGUGAUAUCUCGACUUCCAGAAACCCGCGGUAUCGUAGGUUUUGAGGACAGCAUGGCGGUGGCGAGCUGGCUGAGGCCUAAGAUAUACGAAAAGCUAUACCGCCGGCGUCAUCAUUUCAACGACCGGGAGAGGAUGAAGUUUCGAGGGGGGCAGAUUGAGCUCGACUACUUGACGGGAUACUUUGUACGGCGAGGCCGCGAGCUGAACGUUGACGUCAGGGGGCUUGACACGGUAUUGCAGAUGGUCCGGAUCAAAAAG